UCAACCACUUGUUUGUUUACAUUCAAUAAAUAAUGGACUUUAAAGAAAAAAAUGAAAACGAACUCGACUCUGAUCAAGGUGAUGACGUACUUUGGUCCAUUGAAGAUGACACCAUGUUCCAGCCUUGUGGUCUUAUUAGCCACUCAUCGUCCAGCAACAGCAAAACAAAAUCUGUGUUUGUUACUUGGAACGAGUACUAUCUACUAAAUUAUCGCUUCAAGAAGUCGGCCAAAACAAACCGAAUGGCAAUGACCAAAGUACGCAUACCCUUACCAAGGAACACACAGCUUCGUAGCAUACAUAUGCUGGAGUACAACACGCUGCUGCUGAUGUUAGACGGUCGUGUGCAUUGCUUUGGUUCCAUUAAGUCUUUGCACAAUAUCCCUUGGCUUAAAGGUGUGCGCGCCUUUGCGCAGACGCCCGCCGGUUUCUGUGUUAUACGUCACGAUGAGCAAACGCAGCGGUUGCUGCUGGAAACUUACGAUGAUUUGCCCAGUCUGAGCAAAGGAAACAGCACUGUGCAACAUAGCUACGACAUAACCUACGAUGAGGAGAAUAUAUUCCAAUGCGAUUGGCAGUCUGAUCAAUAUACGCUGCUAAGCGUGACUGUGGAAGAGCAGCAUGAACCGUUCAUGCAAUUUUUGUUUGGCAAGGCUGCUGUGAUUGACCAACAACUUUAUAUUUUAAGCAUUGCGGGGCACAUCUUUGUGUUGAUACCACAACACAAUGAAGUUGACACAGCAACGGAGCUUGCUUACCAUGUGGAACUGCUUUGCAUAUACGCCUCUACCGUUAGCUUUAUACGUCUGCUGCCUGCACAGAAUCUUUGUCUAGUGUAUCUAAGCUGUGGCAGCAUUGACAUAUGGUACGUUUCCAAUCUGCUGGGCAUAAAACAACGUCAGAUGCACUACACUGGCGCCGAGUGGUUGGACUAUGAUGCAAGCUGCGAAAAUGGCGACUUUUACUAUACAGAUGGCGAAGAGUUGGUGCGUCUAAAGUUCUACUAUGAUGCACAGUUGGAUGACUGUCAAGUGGAUCGUUCUGUCAAGGCGGUGCCGGGUAUGCAAGCCUGUACUUGGGUACAACAAAUUGAGCAAUUGGUCUGUCUCAGCGACAAUAACAUUUUCUAUCGCAUUGCGUUUAGCACACAAGACACAGCGAAUGUAGAGGAUGUGGGUUUGCUAACUGAGUUGACAACGGCGGAAAUUGCUCGACUGCAUGAGAAUGCACAAGUUCUGGAACAAUACGAACAGCAGCCGGAGCAACUACUGAAAGCCAUACAAGGGGAACAUGAGAAGCAACAGCUUGUGGCAGUGGCACGACAAACAGCACAUUUAAAAUUAUCAGCUGCGUUGGAAUUCCAACGUCGACUGCCACAGUUUGGAGCUGAGGAGCUGCUGCUACUGACCGCCAAGCAGACGCAGCUUCAUAGCAGCGGCGUAUAUGCUUUGCUAGCCUUGGACCUGGGAGACAGCGAGUUUCUAAUGCGCUGCAACAACUGGCAAUUGCUGGCUUACCAAGGACAUGAAGCGCACAUAUUUCGUGUGCCCACCGAGGUGCUCAUAAAUCACAAGUGUCGCAUUGUUGUGCCUUUGUGUAGGGAAUUAAACAUGUCAAUGCCUGAAUUCACUUUGAAACUGGCAGGAUUUGUAGAGCUGCAGACAGAAACAACAGCUGUUGUAAUAAACAUUUUGGUAAAGCAAUCUAGCCUCACCUAUAGCUCACUUUUUAGUGGUCAAUUAGGCGCAGUAAAUCUGUACAAUGAACCGUCAAUUGCUGACUUGUUCAGCAAAGAAAAGAUUCUAAAAGUUAGGUCUGUUAUCCAGCAUAAGAUCAAAGCUCCUAGCAGUUUGAAUUUAGACCAAAUUGCUACUUUAUGCAAUGCAACUAGCAAGUUGAAGGAGGAUCUACUGGAAUUAUACUUUCUAAAUAGCCCACUAAGCAUAUCCAGCAGCGUCGAAGACGGCAAUACUGUUCUCACAUUAAAAAGUGAAGAUGCUGCUGCUAUUUAUCAAUUCAAACAACAUUUGUAUUUAAAUGUUUGUCCAGAGGAGGUAUGCACAGUUCUGGAUGCAGCUGCAAAAGAAAAAAUUAUGAAAUUUCAAAAUGAUAUUGAACGAUUCUAUGGCACACAUAUUUCUGAGAACCUUGAUUCAAAUUCACAAUCUCAUCUGGAAUCAUUGCAACUUAAAUACAAAACAAUUCGCAGUACUGUUUUAUAAAGCUUCUAUACAUCCCAAGUGCCACGUGUGACUGGCCAAAGUGCAUCAGUUGGACACCCAAACCGUGCAUCCCUCAAUAUUACUGGCAGGCGAACCAAGCGACCAUGACAUCAACGUAGCGAGCUGC